AUGUCUGACAUCAACGCGCUCGUACUCCAGCCAUUAAAUCAGUUUUUUAAGAACUCACUGCACCUGAUCAAGAAGUGCAACAAGCCCGAUCGAAAAGAGUUUGCCCGUAUUGCCGGCGCCACGUCCGUGGGUUUCCUUAUGAUGGGCUUUAUCGGAUUUUUCGUGAAACUUGUGCAUAUUCCCAUCAACAAUAUUCUUGUGGGUGGUGGCGCCUAG